UUUCUUUUUCAGUUAUGCUCUGGAGGUUCUGUCACAGAACUUGUCAUGGCUCUCCUCAAGAGAGAUGAGAAGCUUAGUGAGCUUCAGAUUGCUUACAUCCUCAAAAGCACUGUCAUGGCUGCAGCUUAUCUUCAUGCCAACCAUUGCAUGCAUAGAGACAUCAAGGGACACAAUAUUCUCCUCACUGACCAGGCAGAUGUGAAGCUGGUGGACUAUGGAGUGUCUUCUCACCUGGUGGCAACCCUGGGCAGGCGCAACACCUCUGUUGGCACCCCUUACUGGAUGGCUCCUGAGGUGAUAGCCUGUGAGCAGCAACUGGACUACUCUUAUGAUGUGAGGUGUGAUGUGUGGUCCCUGGGGAUAACAGCUGUGGAACUGGCUGAUGGUGACCCACCAUUGUCAGACAUACAUCCCAUGAGAGCCCUGUUCCAGAUUCCCAGGAAGCCUCCACCUGGCCUCAAAGACCCCUCACAGUGGUCAGCCAAGUUCAAUGACUUUGUGGCCACUUGUCUGGUGAAGGACUUUGAGAUGAGGCCCUUUAUGAGGCAACUUUUGGAGCACCCUUUCUUGAAGGACAUUGAUGGCCUUGAGCACCAGGCCAAAAGAGAGUUGAAAAAGGAGUUGGGCAAACUGAGUAGUGAUGGUGAGGUGGUCAAGAGAGAGGCUGAGGUGACCAUGAAACAAGGCAAGUUGAGGACUGUCAAGAGGAUGGGACCUGACCCUGUUGUGGUUGAGGACUUGGCAAUGUUGGAGUGCCUGACAGAAGAUGUGAUAAUAGAUGCCCUGGAGACCAGGUUCAGGAAAGGACAGAUUUACACCUACAUUGGUGACAUCCUUCUGGCCAUGAACCCAUUCAUGGAACUGGACAUCUACAAUGACCAAGUCAGUCAAAGAUACCAAGGCAGGAUACAAAAGGCCUCAGAACCUCCCCACAUAUUUGCCAUUGCCAAUUCAUCCUAUUUUGCAUUGAUUCAUGAACAGCAUUCUCAGUGUGUGGUCAUCAGUGGGGAAAGUGGUGCAGGGAAGACUGAGAGUGCCAAUUUGUUGCUGAAACAACUUGUGCAUCUUGGGAGGGGACAGAACAAGAACCUGGAAGAAAAGAUCCUGCAGGUGAACCCAAUCAUGGAGGCCUUUGGAAAUGCCAGGACAGGCAUCAAUGACAACUCCUCCAGGUUUGGGAAGUAUGUGGACCUGACCUUCACCCCCUCAGGGAAUGUGGUGGGUGCCAAGGUGUCAGUGUACCUCUUGGAGCAGUCCAGAGUGGUCCACCAAGACAGCAAUGAAAGGAACUUCCACAUCUUCUACUACCUCUAUGAUGGUCUGGAAGCAGAGAACAAGUUGGGCAACUACCACUUGGACCCUCUGUGGAAGACCAGUCACAACUACCUGCAGGGUUACUCUUCUGCCAGACACACUGUUGAGGCAAGUGUGAGGAAGUGGUUGGCUGUGCAGGAGAGUUUCAGACUACUGGGCUUCUCCCCAGGACAAGUGGACUGUGUGAACAGACUCUUGGCAGCUAUACUCCACAUUGGUGACCUGAGUAUCCAGACAGCACCUUCCAGGGACUUUGCAGACUCUGGAUGCUGCAUUACCAACCCUGCACUCAUCAGCAUCAGUGAGUCCAAAAACCUUUGUGGAUUGGUCCCACAAGUGGUACCCAUGCAAUUUGACCAUGAUCCACUGCUGGACAAUAUCAACCCGAUUGGUGAGUUGCUGGGUGUGAGUCCCAUGGACACUCUGGAGGCCAUCACUACCAGUAAUGUGGUCACCAGAGGAGAGACCAUUCAUAGAAGACUGUCUUGUCAUGAGGCCAGGGACACUUGUCAUGCCACUGCCAAGGCACUGUAUGGUAGACUAGUGGACUGGUUGGUACUGCAGAUGAACCAGUUGCUGGUGCUCAGUUCCAAUAUUGGACACCAACAAAGGGAUCAGCAGCACUUGUCCAUAGGGAUCCUGGAUAUAUUUGGCUUUGAGAACUUCCCCAACAAUUCAUUUGAGCAACUCUGCAUCAACAUUGCCAAUGAGCAGAUACAGUAUUACUUCAACCAGCAUGUGUUCUCUUGGGAGCAGCAGGUGGGUGCAAAAAAAAAAAAAAAAAAGUGCUGGCCAAUUUGGAUGGACCAGACCAGACCAUUUUCACAAAAUGUAUUUUUAGUCUGCAAGAAAUGUCCUGAUGCAUUUUUUGUUUUGUUUCUCUCCACCUUUGUGCAGGAGUACUUGUCAGAGGGUAUCAAUGUGGACUUGGUGGAAUUCACAGACAACAGGCCAGUGUUGGACAUGUUUCUGUCCAAGCCUCUGGGACUACUGGCCCUGUUGGAUGAAGAAAGCAGGUUCCCCAAUGCCACCCCCAGGUCAUUGGUUGUGAUUCAUUUGCUGAGGCAGAGCAAGUUGGAGGUCAUUAGGUACUUGUUCCAGUGCCCCCUGGCCAGGACUGGCAAUCUCUUUGCCCUGGGGCAACAUAACCAGGUUCAGGGGAAAUACACCCCUGGGGGUUCUUCAGGGAAUGCUGAGGACUUUCACAUGAUUGGGUUGGAGAUGCCCAAGUUUGGCAGCAGCAGCAGCAUGAGUGCCCUGGCAUCCCAGACCCGAGCCCAGCAAACCAUGGCCACCUAUUUCCGCUACUCCCUCAUGGACCUCCUGCAAAAGAUGGUGGCGGGGGCGCCGCAUUUCGUGCGCUGCAUCAAGCCCAACGACGCCCGCAGCAGGGCCGUGUUCGACAGGGCCAAAGUGCGGGCCCAGUUGCAGUACACCGGCGUGCUGGAGACUGUCCAGAUCCGGAAACAGGGCUUCUCUCACAGGAUCCCUCAUGACGUCUUUCUCAAGAGGUACGGGUUCCUCGGGUUUGGCUGGUCAGAAGUGAUUUUGGCAGACAAAGAAAACAGUGCCAGGUUGCUAACCAGACUCAAUUUCCGUGGUUUUGCCAUGGGUGAGUACGGGUUCCUCGGGUUUGGCUGGUCAGAAGUGAUUUUGGCAGACAAAGAAAACAGUGCCAGGUUGCUAACCAGACUCAAUUUCCGUGGUUUUGCCAUGGGUGAGACCAAAGUGUUCCUCAAGUACUAUCACAUGGAGCAGCUGGCAGCCAUAGGCUACAGGACCAGGAAGUCAACCAAGGAGCUCAAGAAAAGCCCUGAGAAGAAGAUCAAGAAGCAGAAGAAGCCCCAGCAG